UUUCGCUGUUGCUGCUCGGUUUGUUCUAUAGUAUUUUCGGUUUGUGUUCUGUCCUCAACCGCAGAGGUGGAGGGUCGCAUAGUGCGGGUUGUUCUCGUUAUUUUUUGUGUGUUAAUCAUUCGUACACGUAGAAGUUCAUAGCACUGUGAGAGUUAGAGGUCUAAGCGGUUCCGGCACCAGACACGCCACGAAGAAACAUAUUUUCAGGAACCGUAAGGGCAACGAGCAGGAAGAAGACAGAAAAAAAAAUCGACCAUUGAGUAUGAAGUGAGCAAGUGAAAGAUUGUGCAGCUGUGGUGUGUGGUUUUGCCGGGCACGAGUUGAAAAUUUAGUUUCGAAAAUGCAAUUACACACAGUUUAUACCGUAUUGGGAUGUGUUUAGUUAAUGUGCAACUAGAUAAAAUGUUUCUGGGCUCGACGACCGCUCCGUCAACGCCGAUGAAAACAAAGAAGAAAUCUGCUACCAAUACAACAAGCAGUACUUGGCAGGAAAAUUAUCAUCAUCAUCAUCAACAUCAACAACGCAAUCAGUGGAAUAAUAGCAAUAUCGGCAACAGCAUCGUGGAAUAGGAUAGCACAAGUGUUAUUGUUGAUAGUGAAAUAGUAAUGACCGGGCUCGCUAAAGAUGGGCUGGGCGGUGUGGUUUGCUACUGCCAGAGUGACCCUGAAGUGUCAGAUGGCGAGCCUUCGGCAAUAGAACAGUGCAACAGUAGCAGCAGCAGCAGCAGUGCUAGUAGAGUGUGGUUAUGCAGUGAACCAGUAGCGACAGAGCGACGGCAUCGAAAUCGACCACGGAUGUGGCGGCCGCCAUGCGAGGAAGCACGGCGAUGGCGACCGAGUGGCCGCGUUUGGAGCGGAUCUCGUUCCUCUUCCUGGCUUUCUCCGGUCCAUGUGUUAGUGUUUAUCGUAGUAUUUAUUGAUCUAUUUAAUUCGAGUGCAUCGUCAUCGAUUGACUCAAGCCGAAGCCGAAGUCGAUCCGGUGGACUACCAGCAGACGCAUCGGUAGCAGCGGAAGCAGAGAUUUAUGGAAGAGAUGACAAUCGACUUCAUCCAUCCGAGGAAUUCUCCCGCUAUAGUAGAAUCCAACCGCGGUUACAACAUGGCCGCCAUAAACGUUCUCUAACGAGCACACGUGAAAACAACGGUCUUCACGCGUCGCACUUAACGCUAACCUAUAGAGUAAGCCAACAAGCAGAAGAUGUGAUAUUAGAUUUACAGCUGAAUGAACAUCUCAUCCCACGGGGGCAUUUUCUCUCCUACCAACUGCCGGGUGGUCUGGGGAAGGUCGUCGAACGAUACAACGAUACUUUUGCCGAGGGUGUCCAUCAUCCAGUCGAACUUUGCCAUUACAGGGGGAAAAUCCGUGGUGUGCCGGAAUCUAGUGUUGCCCUGUCCACGUGCAACGGGGUACGCGGUGUUGUGUUCGAUGGCACCGAAACGUACUACAUUGAAAGUGACAUCCCUUGGGGCAAUCAGUUGGACCACGUCAACCAGACUGACCACUACAUCUAUCGCCAUUCCGAUUUGCUAACGAAAGCGAAAUGCGGUUACGAAGGUGGUUCAAAUUCAACGCACGAUCGAGACCUGCAUCGCGAGUCUGAAUUCCAGCGUUUAUCAAGGCACAAACGCGCUACCUCUAAGCCAUCAUCGCCGAUUCGGGGUCCGUACAAUGCGAACAAACACUCCAGCUACGUCGAGCUGGUAGUCGUCAUCGAUAACAAGAUGUUCAAAAGUAUGAAGGAAAAUUUUAAGGUUGUGCAACAGUAUUGCAAGGAUAUCACCAACAUUAUCAACGCCCUGUACGAACCGUUGAAUAUCUUCAUCGGACUAGUCGGGGUGGUAAUUUGGAACGAGAUGAACGAAAUAGAACUAUCCAGUGAUGGCGAAAUCACUCUAAAGAACUUUUUACACUACCGGAAAAAGGUACUGAUCAAGGAUCACCCGAAUGACAACGCGCAACUUUUUACGAAGGAACAUUUUGAGGGUGGUGUCGUUGGAAAAGCCUUAAAGGGACCGAUUUGCACGUACGAGUUCAGUGGUGGCGUGGAGAUGUAUCACAGUGAGAUUAUUGGAGUGCAAGCAACAACGGUAGCGCACGAAAUGGGACAUAACUUUGGCAUGGAGCAUGACACACCGGAUUGCAAAUGUCCGGAGGAGCGAUGCAUUAUGUCGGCCUCUAGUUCAUCUCUUGCGCCACGACACUGGAGCAGCUGUAGCAUCGAUCAGCUAAAUUUGGCGUUCCAUCAUGGAAUGAAUUAUUGCUUGAAGAACAAGCCCACCAAACUGUUCGAUUCGCCAGUUUGCGGAAAUGGCUUUGUAGAGCUGGGCGAGCAGUGCGAUUGCGGAUUGCCAGACUUUUGCGACAAUUCAUGCUGUAAUCCCAGAACGUGCAUGUUGCAUUCGAAUGCAUCUUGUGCAACAGGGGAGUGUUGCGAUUUGAAAACAUGCAAACCAAGAAUAGGUGGUACUGUGUGUCGCGAAGCGGAAGGAGAAUGUGAUUUGCCGGAAUAUUGUUCUGGGGAAUCGGAACACUGUCCGGAUGAUGUUUUUAAACGAGACACGGAAAAUUGUGACGACGGUAAAGCGUUCUGCUAUAAGGGUUCGUGUCGGUCGCAAAAUGAUCAGUGUCGACUUUUGUGGGGACCCACGGGAAAAUCUUCCGAGCAAUGCUACAAAAAGAAUGAAGAAGGAACUCGACACGGGAACUGCGGCUACAAUCGUGUGAAAAAUGAGUAUGUAAAGUGUGACGAGGGAAAUGUGUAUUGUGGAAUGUUGCAUUGUCGACACCUCAAUGAGCGGUUGGAGUUUGGAAUGGAGUCCGUUGCCAUCUUGUCGCAUAGUUUUAUGACCUAUAACGGUAGUGUCAUACCGUGUCGAUCGGCCAUCGUAGACCUUGGUUUGCAAAAGGUAGAUCCCGGGUUGGCACCAGACGGAGCUCGUUGCGGUGAAGGAAAGAUGUGCCUCAAUCAAGUGUGCAUGCCUGUUGAAAGCUUACGAGCGCAAGGAAGUGGAGUGGAGUGUCCAGAGAACUGCAACGGGAAUGGGAUAUGCAACAGCGAAGGGCACUGUCACUGUAAUAAAGGGUUUGCUCCUCCACUAUGCAAUAGUCCAGGAAACGGAGGUUCAGAGGACAGCGGACCGGCGUCGGAUCCUAACGCCGGCAGUGGUUUCACCCGCUUCCUGUACAUCUUCUUCUGCGGAGUGGUGCCCACGUGCGCCAUUUUUGCCUUCGUGCUGUACUAUCUACGGCAGGAUCACAGCCUCAAGAAGCGAAAACCAUCAGCGAAUGUAUCAACAAACAACAUGAAAACCGACUCAUCUCGCAGUACGACUUCAACGCACACGAUGGUACCGUCUUCGCCAAAUUCACCAGACGAUAUGAACUCUGCCCUUCUACGCCCCUCCAGUGAAGUAGAUUUUAUAAGCAAUAACAACAUGUUCGGUAAAUUCAAAGGCUUCACCCUGCAACCCUUGCCCAAAUCAGGAGCCAAUCUCAAAUCACCCAAUGUAGCCUUUGUCCACCCAGUAUCUAAGUAUAGUGAAGAUCCGAGUAGUACCGUUCCCAGUCGUCCAGCUCCUCCUGCACCGAAAUUUAAGCCUGCUGUUGCUUCCACCGCUCAGUCAGUGCAGAUUGGUAACAGUACGUACAAUAAACCGACAGGUAUUCAUCAGAUCAACGGCUUUAAACUAGCAAACCAUGAACAUCAUCUGGAGAAUGCCCCGGCACUUCCGCCGCUGAAUCCCGGUUCAACGGCGAGGCCCAUCAUAUCCAGCCCGAUUCUUGAGUCAUCUACUUGCACAUCCAGAGAAGUGGUAUCACCUCUUAAACAACAAAACUCAGGAAAUGCAAAAGUACCGAUUCGACCGGCCCCCGUCCUUCCCCCAGUACAAGUUGUCACAAACCCAUCCGGGUCGCAAGAGAACAUCGUUCCAGAAAUUUUAAUCAACCCUACCAGCAAGGAUAAGAAACCCAAGGAAGGUAAACUUAACAGAAUCACAUCCUAUCUGAAAAAAGACGAGAAAACCCAGAAACCAGAACCCAAGAACAUCAAAAUUGUCGACAAGGAAAAGCUCAAAAAUCUCGAAAUCUCCUCUCCAAUUCCUAUCGACGUUGAUUUGGCCAAAAGCAUGCCAAAACUUAACGAUACAGAACCAUCUACAACAUUUGCUCCCACAGUCAGUGUUCAGCGGGCGAAAAGUAUGCGAACGCCAGAGGUGUCCGGUAAACGUUCUCCGGGAGACGGUCAAGCGGCGUCGGAAUCUCCCCGGAAACCCACCACUCUGAAACGACCUCAAAGUAUGGUGGGCUCUCGGCCAACCAUGCCACCACCACGUCCCCCAGUUCCUCCAGCGCCUGCUAUCUCCGGGAUGAAAAUACCGGGUGCUUCCGGUUAUCAGAACCCACCAGCUCCGAAGACGGUCACUAUUGUGACUCCUCGAGAUGAUUAUGAUGAUUGUCACGAUGUUAAAGAUUCGGAAAACUCUGGAACCACCAGAUCUAGAGGACCUCUUGGCCAUGAUAAUAUUUACUCGGUAAUUGAUGAGUCUCCUUCGCCUCCAAGCAUCAUGUCGCCUCCGACUACAGUGUCGUCUGGUAGCUCCGAAAGCAUGGGACUCCUCGGUGAAAUUGUUAAUGAAAUAGAAAGUCGUGGAAGUGAUUCGGUGUACAUUGCGUCAACUUUAAAACGAGGUGCUAGCACGAAAAAUGGUCAAGCCCCACGCGCAGAAGAGGAAGAUGAUGAUGAUGAGCCAACCUACGUCAACACUUCCGACAUUCAAGAUGAUGAUGAUGAAACUGGAGCAGCUAUUGCUUUUGACGAAAAAGAAGAGGAACCGUACCCUCCAAACCUAAAGUCCAACGUCAGCAGUACUUCUAGUGGAUAUCUAAGGCCGUCCGCAAUCAACACUCCGAUCGCUCGUGUUGCACCAACAAAGCCAGAAAGUGUAUCAAAUAAUUUAAGUAGCUUUAAGAACGGAGGCAAUGUAUUGAGUAGCUUGCAGUUCCAAGGGCCAAUAGAGCCCACUAAACCGGCAACCAUCCCGAAGAAAACAGCUCCCGUCCCGUAUAAGCCGUACCAUAGUACAUUGAGCAAUACAAGACCAGGCUCUGUGGUAGCGGCGACCAAAUCAAAAAUCAACCAGGAAAAGUUAGCCAACGGCAACGGAGACGCCAAGCCGAAACUGGUUCGGAAUCCAACGCCUACAGGCCUAACUACGGGCAGUGGAACAACGCCAGCAAAACCUCUCAGCAACAGCACCGUCCGAACGAGGAGUCCAUCGCCGAAAGGACGCGUUCAAAAUGGUAGCAUCGGCAGUGUUAAGGCGGCCGCUCCGCAGAAACCCAAGACUCCGGCCAAGCCAGAAAGUGUAGUCAAACCGAAGAACGCAAGCAGUAAGAUCCUGACGGCAGCCGCUCGGCCAGCCCCGGGCAAGGUGUCCAACGUGGCAUCACUUCAGCAGAAAUUUGAAGCGAAAAAGUAACGAGGAAAAGGUAACCCACAUAUGCAUGCACACUUACUUUCGAGCGUCUUAGCAAAAUCUUAAAUAGACGAGGCAAGCAAAAGUUUUUCUUUUGAUUCUACUGUUUUAACACAAAGUAGAGUCAAAUUCGCUAUUAUUUUUAUAGAUGCAUCGUGAACUAUGAAAGAUAUGGUCUCAUUGACCUAUUUAUAUUUUCCUGGUAAUAAUUGAAGGGCGUGAAAAGGAAAAAGGUUCCUGCCAUACCAUUCACUAUCUUAACACAUACAUUUUUGGCCAAGUUAAAACUAAUCGAAAUAAUUAAAUCAAAAUAAGUUGAAUUUUACCAUACUACAGACGCUAUUAGUGAAUGGAGAAAGGUUGCAUAUAUCCGUUGUAAAAAAGUUUAGCCAGAUAAUUGGAUAAUUGGUUUUAAAAAUUUCGAUUUUGCUGAAAGUGCUGAAAUCCAUAAGAAUCACUUAUCUAUAAGUGUCCUACUUAAUAGAAACAGACCUGUAGAACACAUACCCGCGUAAAUGACGACUGAUUUACAUCAGCUCUUCAGGCUCUUCUUAUCCCAGGAGAAAAUAAAUUCUAGGCUCUGUUAUUUUAUGUACCCUUCGAGGUUCACAUAAGCGCUCGAUAAGAUUACACACAGCAACCGGAGUACAUACUAAACUAAGUAUCUGUUAAAGAAUUAGCGAAUUCUCUCAUUUAUUGAAAAAUUUAACGAAAAACUUGAUAGUCUCACAUGUUAUAAAGAAAAUAAAAAGAAAAGGUUUGCUUCGCUCAGGUGGCAAAGAGGUUAAACUCCGUACUACUAUUCCGUAGUUUGUUCAUAUUAUGUUAAUAUGACACAAAUGAGGCAGCUGCUUAUUUUGCACACUAAACGCUUCGAAUAAAUGAUAGAAUUCCGUUUUGGGAACCUUUAUUACCCCGUAUUCGUUCACCCUAUCCUAGCCAGAAUUUAAACAGUAAUUCCACUCGAAACCAAAUUUUCCAUACACGUUGAAGUUUAAUGUUAAAACAAUUUGAAGUCACGUUGAAGCUACUGCAAGCCGUUGAUCUCGCUAUUCCGAUUGCUUUCUUUUCAUAGCGUUUUUAUUCGCCGAAACGAAUUCUGCCCAGUCUCCCUAGGAGUUAUUCAUCUUGUAAAUAGGAACCAAAGAACGUUUUGUUUUUGUAAAAACUAUUGCUUGAGCCGAUAAGGCGCGUUCGAACGUAACGAAUUGUACAGUAAAACAGAGGUCGAAUGGAAUUUUUUAUGCAUGUCUGACACAGUGAAAAUUCUCUACCUAGUUACAAUGAAAAGUCUGCAUUAUAUCAGUUAGUCCGAAUUUAUAGCCUGCUAUGUAUCCUGUAGCUUGUAAGAACGACAUGUCGUAAAAUGAGAAAAAAAUUAUAUGAUUAGUAAAACUAUUGCAUCGUCUAUGGUUAUAUAAAAAAAUAUGAAAGCAAGAAUGAUUGGAAUUAAGUAUCGGCCGCCCGUAGAAAGUGAAUCGAUGGUGUUGUAUAACGAAGCUUUUUUCUAUUGGAACAUCGAAUCGUUUGGGAAUACUGGAAAGUCAAA